CACAUUAUACACAGCUUAUCAUUUAGCACAGCAAUACGAACAUUGAAGACUGCCUUCUUUGUAACCGUAGAGUGCCACAGCUAAGGGUCCUCUUCCACCCAAAAUACGUCCACAGCACUCGAGGGCCGGGCGCUCAAGUGCGAGGCAGAGCUCGCCUCCCCCAACGACGGCGGCUUCGACCUGGGAGGCCUAGUCCGAGCCCGGCGCCGCCGGCAAGGCCAAGACCAAGUGAGGCGCCGAGGAAGCCAGCGAGGAUGACAAGAAGAAGCCGGCGAGGAAGUGCAUCCAGAUCGAGGAGAUCCCGCCGGCUGUGACGUCCAGAUCAAGAUUCUCUGCGCUGUCCGGGAUGAGAAGAGGAGCAGCAAGAAUCAAGCCCAAUACAGAGAGGAGAGGAGCAGCAGAAGUGGACAGCGCAGGGCUGACCUCGAGCUCUUGAUUGGAGUGGGGGGAGGCGGCCGGCGAGGGAUUUGUGGCCAGCAGGGAAGGAUCCGAAGCUGCGGCGGAGCAGGCAGCCGGCGAGGGAGCUGCGGACCGCGGCGGGGAAGGGCGGCCGGCAAGGGAGCUGCGGACCACCGCGGGGAAGGGCGGCCGGCGAGGGAGCUUCGGGCCUCGGCGGGGAAGGGCGGCCGGCGUGGAGCUUCGGUCCACGGCGGGGAAGGACGCCGGAGACGCGGACGGCGGAGGAGCCCGGCGGAAGGGGGUACUUUCGUAAUUUCACACCAUUUCACCUGGUCGGAACAGAACCUCCAGCGAUCUACUGGUCAGAUCAGGACACCGUCGACGGCUAGCCAGCACCCGGCCGCCCGGAGCCCGCGCGGACGAGGAGCUAGCGGUAUGAUAGCUUGACUUUAUCAGCAAUCCUACCCUGGCCGGCGACUUUGAUUGUACUAGCCGGCCAAUAAAUUAGCUCCUUGUGAUUUGUUCAAGGCAGGCAAUUCAGAGAGAGCGAGCCAUGGAUGUGGCAACGGGCGCUAUAGGAUCCCUGCUCCACAAGCUAGACGAGCUCCUCAACGGGAAGUACAAGCUGCGGGCGAGCGUCAGGCAUGACGUCCAGUUUCUCUCCUGCGAGAUGGAGAGCAUGUACGCUGCCCUUUGGAAGGCGGCGGAGGUUCCGCGGGAUCAGCUCGGCGAGCCGGUCAAGGUCUGGGCAGGGGAGGUCAGGCAGCUGUCGUACAUCAUAGAGGUUAUCCUCGACAAGCUUCUUAUGGGAGUCCCCGACUUUCAAGGCUCUACGGGGCCCAUGGAAAAGAAGUGCAGUUGGUUCAAGAAACGCAAGCUUCGCGAUGAGAUAGCGGACACAAUCAAGGACAUCAAGGUUCGAAUCCAAGAGGCCGCCGAUCGAUGUGACCGGUACGGGCUUCGUGAUAUUGUUAAAAUUUACAGAGCCCCAGUGCCUAUAGAUCCUCGUUUGGCAGCUCUGUACAAAGAUGAGAAACAACUUGUCGGCAUUGAUGGGAAAAACUUUCUAGAGCUCAUGAAGUUAGUGUCAGAUGGGGACAAUGUGCCCAGCAAAAAGCUAAAGAUAGUCUCAGUUGUUGGAUUUGGAGGACUGGGCAAAACUACUCUGGUCAAAAGGGUGUAUGACAAGAUCAAGAGUGGUUUCGACUGCAUAGCUUUCGUUCCAGCCGGUCCGAAUGCUAACGUGAAGAAGGUUUUCAUGGAUAUCAUCCUUGAUCUCGGCAUGUAUGGAAAUCAACUCUCCAUGCUGGACGAACAACAGCUCAUCCAAAAACUUGGUCAACUCCUUGAGAACAAAAGGUACCUCAUCGUUAUAGAUGACAUAUGGGAUAAAACAGUGUGGGAAACUAUCAAGCUUGCUUUCUCUGGAUUUAACUGUCCUGGCAGCAGAAUAAUCACUACAACCCGCAUACUCAGUGUAUCUGAAGCAUGUUGCUCGUCUUCUAACGACUCAAUUUAUCAAAUGGAACCUCUGUCUGAUGAUGACUCCAAAAAACUCUUUUAUAGUAUAAUAUUCUCUUCUAGGUGUGGAUUUCCUCACGAAUAUGAACAAGUAUCUAUUGAUAUCUUGAAGAAAUGUGGCGGGGUACCUUUAGCCAUCAUUACUACGGCUGGUAUGACCUUCAAAAAAACUAUGGCUGGUAUGUUGGCUAGUGAUCAGCGGGUCAAAUCAGUGGAUGAAUGGCAUGUCUUGCUCAGUUCUAUUGGUCAUGCCUUGGCAGAAGAUCCCUGUCGGGAGGAGAUGCUAAGGAUAUUAUCAUUUAGCUACUAUGAACUUUCCCCACUUCUGAAGACUUGCUUACUGUGCUUGAGUAUAUUCCCCGGGGCUCUCCCGAUUAUAAGAGACCGGCUGGUGAAAAAAUUGGUCGCGGAAGGGAUUGUUACUCAGGAGACUAAGUUGAUUGGAUCACCAAAAGAAUAUGAGGUCAGGCUUAGUCGGGAGAUUAGUCGAGAGGAGGCAGCAAGCCACUGCUUGGACCAACUCGUCAAUAGGAAUGUUAUUCAUCCCCUGGAAUGCAACAACAAUGGUGAGGCAAUAAGCUACCAUAUCCACCCUAUGAUGCACGGCCUCCUUGAAGCCAUAGCCACAGAUGAGAACUUUGCUGCUUCACUUGAUCUAAAAAAUAAUUAUUCAGUGAAAUAUUUUAACCGGCUGGGAGGUUUCCGAUCUGCUUUGGUUCACCUCUCUAUUAACUGUCCGGAUUCAGAAAUUCUAAAUGAGCUACCAAUUAUGGCGUCUCAUGGUGUUCGCUCCUUGACUGUUUUUGGUCAUGCAAACCGGAGUCUGCUUAGGCACUUUGAAGGUAUACGACUUUUGGAUUUAGAAGGCUGCAAGAGCAUUGAGAGAGCUGAUGUGGAGUACAUAUGCAGUAUGGUCCUGUUGAAGCAGUUGUGCCUUGCAAAGACGCAAAUCAAUGAGCUCCCACCAGAAAUUGGCAAUCUACAAUGUUUGGAAGGCCUAGAUGUAGGAGGGACUCAAAUCACCCAGCUCCCACCACAAAUUGGAAAACUUCUGCGUCUAAAGACUCUCGAUGCAAGGAAGUCAGGAGUCAAGGAUUUACCUGAUGAAGUUGUCCGGCUCACAAGGCUAGUCUAUCUGCUUAUCGGUGACAAUGAAUCCUGUGAAGGAGUGAAGUUACCUGAUGGAUUUGGGAAGAUGACAUCACUGCAGCAACUGGGCACCAUUGAUUUGAGGAAAUGCUCGUCAUCCUCUCUGAAGGAACUUGGUGAGCUCCCUUAUCUGAAAGAGAUUGCAGUAGUGUCAAGUGAUGGACAGGAAGACACAAGAAUGUACAAUGCUCUGCUUUAUUCCCUCAACAAAUCCAUCAAGAAGAGUUCCCUGGCAGUUUAUAGUGAUUUCAGAUUGAGCACAGUACAGUCAUCAUCAGGAUACAAAUAUCUCGACUACUGGAAGAAACAUUCUGUGCUAAGAUUCUUGAAGGUUCCAACUGGUCAUGCAGGGCUACAUCUUGGUAUGCUUGAUAUCAGGGUCUGCAAGCUAGAAGAGGAUGAUCUGAAGAUACUCGGAAAGCUGCCUAGGUUGCAGAGCCUCAUCGUGCGGCUUGAAGUCCUCCCAACAAAAAUGAUACACAUCAGCUAUGUGGGGUUUGCAAAACUUGAGAGGUUCUACGUUGAUUUCCGAAUGCCUAGGGUGGUCUUUGAGGAAGGAGCUAUGCCAAAGCUGGAACAUGUUGAGCUCAAGCUGUACGCUGGAUCAGCCAGUGAAGAACAUAUGGGCAUCAGCCACCUCCUAAGCCUUCAAAAGGUCACUCUCCGGUACUCCAAAUGGUAUGCAACCAACAAGGGCGUCAAGGAGACAACUGAAGCUGUGAAAAGUGAGUGUAAGGAGCACCAGAACGAGCUCACUCUGUGCAUUGCUGAAGAGGAGAAAAAUGGUAUCUGCAACAUGAAGACUGAGGUUUUUCAAGAGAACAGAGUUGCUAGUUCCAGUAAGAUGACUGAGAUUGUAAAAGAAGAAGAAGAAGACACACAAGAGGGAGGCCUUCAUCAGAGGGAGGCCACUGCUAGCUGCAACGGGACAAGUGAGAUCGAAGAAGUUGUGGAGUAG